AGGAGCCGUUAUCUUCGGUUCUUGCGGCCUUCGCUUUGCGUCGCCUGCAAAAAGGCGAUGUAUAAUCGCCGUCGCCCGAGCCCCUUAUCGCCGCUAUCGCUUGUCACAAGCGGCCGGCGCUUCACGGGUUGGAGAGAGCCGCAGAUUUAGAUCCAUCCUGCAUCCCACCGUAUACGACGUCACAGCUCACAGCGGCGCUUCGACAGGCUUCUAGAAAAUCGCCCUCGACAGAGCGGGAACGAGACGGCUGCCAGGGUGCAGCGCAGUCCCUCCGAAAACGUAUACUGUUAUACCUGGGAGGGUGUCAGACUUCGAUCGCGCAGUUUCGCGUCCCUUGUUUAUUCAGGCGUCCUCCGAUCGGCGCGGGAAACUUCUGCUAGUCGUACAGUGAUCGUGUUGCAAUUUGGCUUGUUGCUCCUGGCACACGCAUGGGGGCGGUGGCAGUGCACGCUGACGGCGGAUAGUUCGUGCAAGUAGACUCCGUGUGUUGCCACCGGGAAGGUUGUUCGUAACAUCUGUGUGUGUGUCUCGGUUAGCUUGUGCGGCAGUGAAGAGACCAUGAGGCACGUCGGUGUCGGCUGGAUACCGCUGGUGUUCGGCGUGGUGCUCGCCGGCGGAGCUCUGCUGACGUUCGUCUGGGCCGUUGCGCGCGGUGAUGUCACGCCUUACAUGCCCUUUGUCAGCGAGGCCGGUGCGGAUCCUCCACAGAGCGGGUUCUUCUCGCUUUGCCUUUUUGUUGCGGCCACAUUCGGACUGAUGUGCGUCCUGGUUCGGUACCAGACCGUCCGUUCGUUCAACGCCAGUUGUAGCAAGAAAAUGGACGCUAUGAACGGUGCUGCCGCCAUCCUUGCUUUUGUUUCCUUCCUCGGAAUGGCCAUCGUUGCGUCAUUUCCGGUUGCAGACGUGCCGACGGUUCAUUCGGUAGCCGCAAACGUCCUUUUCUUCGGAAUCUUCGGUUAUCAGGUUAUGCAAACAACUAUCACCUACUGGAUGUACCCGCUCUUCAAUGGAAGGACCAUCGUCAUCAUACGGAUAAUAAUCUGCUGUCUUUCCGGCAUCUCUGUUAUCCUAAUGGGCGCGCUUGGCUCUGUAGGCAGAUCUACCUGGAAGGAAAAAGAGCGCGACCACCCGAUUCGGAUGAAAGUUCCGUCGGACGAGGGCUUCGGUCUUCUCGUGACCGCGGCCACCUUCGAGUGGAUCCUCGGUCUGUGCCUGGUCCUCUUCUUCUUCACCUACGUCCGGGAGUUCCACAAAGUGACGCUCGAGAUCAAGGCCGACCUUCUGGUCGACCACCUGGACGACGAGCCGAUAUUCCGAAAGUCGCCCUACAUGUCCGAGACAACGUACCUCCGCGCCCACGAGACGUGAC